CUCCCAACCCAAAGYGUUCUGUGAUUCUSAAGGUGCUGAGGCACGAGGAGUUCGAGGAGGGCUGCAAGGCCAGCUGCAACGGCCCUUAUGAUGGCAAAUGGAGCAAGACCAUGGUGGGCUAUGGACCAGAGGACAAUCACUUUGUUGCAGAGCUGACUUACAAUUAUGGCAUUKGAGAAUAUCGCCUGGGCAACGACUUCCUGGGCAUCACUCUGGUGUCCAGCCAGGCUGUGAGCAACGCCAAGAAGAUGGGGUGGCCCCUCAAAGAAGUCACCUCUGGUGUCUUUGAAGCUGAAGCCCCAGGAGGAUACAAAUUCUACCUGGAAGACAAGGAACMGCCCAAGCAAGAUCCUGUGUURAAGGUAACCCUGGGUGUCUCAAACCUGCAGAAGUCUGUGAGCUACUGGUCUGGUUUGCUUGGGAUGAAGAUAUACGAGAAGGAUGAGGAGAAACAAAGGGCUUUGCUGGGCUAUGCUGAUAAUCAGUGCAAGCUGGAGCUGAAGGCUGUUGGAGGGGCAGUGGACCACGGGACAGCGUUCGGGCGCAUYGCCUUCUCCUGCGCCAAGGAAGAGCUGCCAAACAUCGAAGCCCUGAUGAAAAAGGAGAACCAGAAAAUUCUGACGCCUCUGGUCAGUUUGGACACGCCGGGCAAAGCCACGGUGCARGUGGUCAUUCUGGCUGAUCCUGAUGGCCAUGAAAUCUGUUUUGUGGGAGAUGAAGCUUUCAGAGAGCUGUCCAAGGUGGACCCUAACGGUGGCAAGCUGUUGGAUGAUGCCAUGGCUGCAGACAAGAGUGACAAGUGGUUUGCUGAUCACAACAGGAAGAAGGUUUCGGCUUAGCUGCAGGAAUGGACUGGGCUGCUCCUCCGUGCCUUGGAUUUCUUCCAAGAAAAUGCCAAUCCUGGUUAAAGUGUUGCCCUGCCCUCCUGAUCUGAGGGUUCUGGGAUGUGCUGUGGUGGUUUGAUUUGAGCCAAUGUCUCUGGCUGCUGCUCUCGCCUUCCCAGCAAAUCACAUCUCCUCCUUCCAAAAAAAUGGGGCUGUGCAGCAAAGGAGCAGGCAGAGUCUUUGGCUUCAAAACCAGGGGUCGUCAGUCGAGAAAACCUCACAUUUCUGUGUUGUUGUUAUGCUUGAAAGAAAGCUUAAUAGAUACAUUAUUUUCUAAUUAAUUAAUUUUCUGAUUAAAUUGCUUUAACURUCCUUUAAUUUUCAGGCUGGAGAGGAGAUUUUGAGGUAGCUGUGGCUGCAACCCCUGAACUGGAGCAGGGAACAGGGAAUGCAUCCCUUUAUUGGGAACAAWGAAAUUAUUUUGCCAAGCCAUGUGAAUAUCCUUAUUUUCAUUCCAAGGUGUUUCCCCAGCUCUCAAGGUGAAAUUUGCACUCCAGAAGCCUGUGCUGUGUUUCUCACUGGGAUYCUGUUAUUGCAGGGGUGGUUUCCACCCCUUCCCAAGGAGAUUUCCACAUUCCAGGAGGGAGCUGAGGCUGUGUUUUGUGGUUUGUWGCUGCACUGUCUGCUGAGGUGCCAGGGGGCAGCUUGAAGUGAGUUUUGCAAUGAGCUUUUGGUGAGAAACUGCCUUUGGAAAUAACAGUUCAGGGUUUAUUCUGCUGGAAUGAAGUCUCCUCUGGCUGGUGGAAUAAAAGUUGGGAAUACAGGGAGGCAUUCCUGGCAUUGUCCGUGCCAGGUGUGCUCCCUGGCUUAUCAUUYUCUUGAUGAAAUCUUACAUUAAAUGCCUUAAAUCAGG